UGGGUACGACACCUUAGUAGACCAGUAGCAUCUACUUUGGCCAACAAGGAGCGCAUGAUUGUAACAGACUACAUCAAGGACGUAGUCUGUACCUUCUCCUAUGGAGGGGGUGAGCUUAACCAUAAGAUCUCGUUUUUGGUUCGCGACGACUUGCCAUUCGAUAUGUUGUUAGACAUGUACUACCUCGAAGUUGCUAAGCCCCAGUUCGACUGGGAUAAGAAGGUGCUCAAACACAAGUUGCCCGAUGGCCAAACUGUCAGAUUGACCAAGUUCAAGGCCAGUAGUAUUAUAGAUAUCUAUGGCUGCUUGUGCGCAUCCGCAUUCUACAACUAUUACAAGCAAAACGAAGAGGAGGGUAUGUACCUUGUUUAUGUCUCUGAGAAGGGGGAGGUCGUUAAAACACCCCCAGAGAUAGAAUGCGUCGUUGCUGAUCUGUUCGAGGAGCCCUCAGGAGUUGUCKAUAGGGAAGUCGUCCACGCUAUAGAAAUCAUUCCAGGGAGUAAGACCCCAAAGGGAAGGAUCUAUAGGAUGGCCCCUGCCGAGUUAGGUGAACUUCGGAAGCAACUAAAGGAGCUGACAGAGAAGGGAUGGAUUCGGCCUAGUACUUCCCCUUACGAAUCACCCGUGCUAUUCGUACCAAAGAAGGGGGGUACUCUGAGGAUGUGCAUUGACUAUAGAGGCCUCAAUGCCAUCACUGUGAAGAACGCAGAGCCUCUACCUCGCAUAGACGACCUAUUGGAUAGGGUGCAGGGAUGCAAGUACUAUACAAAGAUAGACUUGAAAUCCGGAUAUCACCAGAUCGCAAUAAGACCUGAGGACCAACACAAGAAAACUUUUCAGACUCGUUAUGGUCUGUAUGAGUUUGUAGUGAUGCCUUUUGGUUUUUGUAAUGCGCCGGGUACAUUCCAGCACGCUAUGAAUCGGAUCUUCCGUGACCAUUUAGAUAAGUUUGUCAUAGUCUAUCUAGACGACAUUCUGAUCUUUAGCAAGUCUGCCGAGGAGCAUGCACAUCAUGUUGAGACAAUUUUCUCACUCCUGCGACAGCACAAGUAUAAGGUCAACUUAGAGAAGUGCGAGUUUGGCCGCACUAAGAUACUAUACUUGGGUCAUGAAGUAUCCGCGGAGGGAAUUAGGUCGGAAGAUGCGAAGGUGGCUAGUAUUAGAGACUGGUCACGACCUCAGGCAGUCACUGAGGUCAGGUCAUUCUUAGGAAUGUGCGGCUACUAUAGAAACUUCGUUAAGAACUAUUCUACAGUCGCCUCUCCUUUGACUGAUCUAACUCGACUUGACACACCGUGGGACUGGAGUGAUGAGUGCGAGGGUGCUUUCAAGAGAUUGRAGCAUGCACUCAUGAAUCAUGAAGUUCUCAUGGUUCCCGAUCAGCAGAAGCCAUUCAUAGUGACCACUGACGCAAGCCAAUACGGCAUUUGCGCAGUGCUGGCUCAGCAGGAUGGGAAAAAGUUGAGGCCGAUUGAGUACAUGAGUAAGAAAAUGCCAUCGAAGAAGUUGGCUAAGUCCACCUACGAAAGGAAAAUCUAUGCUCUCUACAAGGCACUUGUCUAUUGGAGACACUUCCUUUUGGGAAGGUUCUUCUAUCUGAGGACUGAUCAUCAGACCCUCAAAUGGAUCAAGACUCAACCGGCUCUUUCUGAUGCACUCAAGCGAUGGAUUGAGGUCAUAGACCAAUACGACUUCAAGCUCGAGUACCUGAAGGGAGAGUACAACAAGGUUGCAGACGCGCUAUCCCGUAAAGCAGACUACCUAGGUGCGCUAGUUUCUGAAUUUGGCGUAUCUAAUGAAGUAACUCAAUCAUUGGUGGGAACCUAUCAGGAAGACUCUGUCACAAUGGACAUCAUCCGCAAACUUCAGGCAAAAGACAAGGUCACAGAAAGACACUUUGGCUACAAGAAGACGAGUGCUAACUUAGUACAGCGAUUUUGGUGGCCCAGAAUGUUAGAUGACGUAAAAAAGUAUGUUGAGACAUGUCAGGUCUGUCAGCGGGACAAGGCGCGAACUCAAGCACCGCUUAGGUUAUUGAAGCCUUUACCUAUUCCUGAUGGUCCAAGAUUGAGUGUUUCCAUGGAUUUCAUGGACACUCUUGUGACCAGCAAGAGUGGUAAGAGGCACAUUUUCGUCAUCAUUGACCGAUUCACCAAGUACGCUAGACUAAUACCAAUGCCAGAGACAGCCAGGACAGAAUACGUCAUCAAGUUGUUCAAGGACAACUGGGUAAGGGACUUUGGUUUACCAAAGACCAUCAUUAGUGACCGAGACGUCCGAUUCACAAGUGAGCUGUGGAAGAAGACUGCGGAACAGAUGGGCAGUCAACUUCAAAUGACUUCAGGGAAUCAUCCUGAAGCCAACGGACAGGCCGAACAAAUGAAUAGAGUUGUAGAGCACUUGCUGAGGCAUUAUAUCAAGCCCAGCCACGAUGACUGGGAUGAGCAGUUACCUCUCAUCGCCAGCCUAUACAACAAUGCUAUACAUAGCAGUACCGGCGUUAGUCCUAACCAGCUGCACUUAGGAUGGAAGUCUAGAUCAGCAUUAGACUUCCUCCUACCUGAAAACCGACCUGCUGCAACUCCAGGCACACUUGAAUACGGUGUGCAAUAUGAGAAAUUGCUGCAAGAUGUUGUUGAACAUAUGAAGAAGGCUCAGCAACUUGAAGCCAUGAUCGCUUCUGAGAAUCAACAUCGCAGACAGUCCACAUUUCAGGUAGGGGAAMKUGUCUGGGUCAAGGCUAGUGAGUUAGGACAGGAAUUCGGAAUAUCUCGCAAACUAAUGCCUCAAUACUUUGGUCCAUGGGAAGUCUUGGAUGUAGUGGGAGAUGAAAUGGAUGGUCCUACGAGAUCGAUGCUGCCCCCAACCAUGGAUGGACAAGUCGACAUCGAUGAUAUUGUGGAUCACAGGGAUAUGCCUGUUCCGAAGCCGCUGGGUCGUGGAAGACCUCCUAAACCCGAGAGGGAGUACCGGAUCAGAUUCAGGCAUCAUACGGAUCCGAAAGAAGAUCGGUGGUUUACCCGGGAGGAACUGAUGGAAACAGCUCCUCAGGUGGUGGCAGACUAUGAACGGAAGCUAAAAGGGAAGGCACCUGCGAAGUAAGCAUCUCAGCGGACUUUCGAAGCUAAGGGGGAUGGAAUGUGAAGAUUGAGCCCUCAAGUAGGGGCCUUGCCAUGAUGAACAUGUUCUGGGCUAAGGCCCCAACAAGCCUCGUGCCCGCCCUAAGUGAAGGCGGGCCAGCAAAUCAACAAGAGCCCUUUGU